GCCUCUGGCUUUCUAUCUCUUUCACUUUCUCCUCCUGGCCUUUGCACCCUGCUCCUCCACUGUGUUGGGGUUCAGCUCUGGGGGGAAGUGGAUCUGGAGGUCUCCAGGAUCAGGUUUCCUGCACUUUGUGCAUCCCCCCCACUGCAUCCCCCUCGACUUCACCGGGCCCUUAGGCGGCUGGGGGGGGGCUGUCUGGGCCCCAGUGGGGGAGACCUGGGGUCACCAGCCCCCCCCACCCCUCGCACACGCUGGUACUGUCCCCCGCCCUCACAGGCCCCUGUGUCUGUCUGGGAUGAAGAGGCGGAUGGGGCCAUCUUCACUGUCACAAGCCGCCAAUACCGGCCUCUUGAUUCCUUGGCCCCCACGCGUCCCCUCCGCUGCUCCCGACGGCUCCGAGCUGGUACUCUGGAGGCCCUGGUCAAACACUUGCUGGAUGCGCAGACAUCAGGGGCUGACGUGACCUUCACCUCAACCUUUUUGGCGACCCACCGGGCCUUCACCUCUACACCAGCUCUUCUGGGGCUUGUAGUUGACAGGCUGGAGGCCCUUGAAUCUCAUCCUACUGAUGAACUAGAGAGGACAACAGGGGUAGCCAUCUCUGUACUGUCAACCUGGCUGGCCUCUCACCCUGAGGAUUUUGGCUCUGAGGUCAAGGCUCAGCUUGACCGGCUUGAGAGCUUCUUGCUUCGGACAGGGUAUGCAGCAGGGGAGGGUGUUGGGGGGGACAGCGCUGAACUCAUCCACAACCUCCGGUUCCGGGUGGACCCCCAGGCCCCCGACCUUCCUAAGCCCCUGGCCCCCCCCGGCGACCCCCCUGCUGACCCCACGGAUGUCCUGGUGUUCCUCGCUGACCACUUGGCCGAACAGCUGACCCUGCUAGAUGCGGAGCUGUUUCUCAAAUUGGUCCCCUCUCAAUGCCUGGGGGGCCUGUGGGGUCACAGAGACCGACCGGGACAUUCCCACCUCUGCCCAUCUGUCCGAGCCACUGUCACACAGUUCAACAAGGUGGCGGGGGCAGUGGUCAGCUCUGUCCUAGGAGCUACCCCAGCUGGAGAGGGGCUGGAGGAGGUGACCAUACGGCCACUCCGCCCACCACAGAGGGCCCGGCUCCUAGAGAAGUGGAUCCGCGUGGCAGAGGAGUGCCGUCUGCUUCGAAACUUUUCUUCAGUUUAUGCUGUUGUGUCGGCUCUGCAGUCCAGCCCCAUCCACAGGCUUCGGGCAGCCUGGGGGGAAGCAGCCAGGGACAGCCUCAGAGUCUUCUCUAGCCUCUGCCAGAUUUUCUCUGAAGAGGAUAAUUACUCCCAGAGUAGGGAGUUACUCUUGCAGGUAAGAUCUUGGCCCUGGGUGUUCCCAGCCAGCCCUGCUUCCUGCUCUUCCCCCACCACUACCACCCCUUCAUAUCUUUUGUUCUGUAACUACCAGGAAGUGAAGCUGCAGCCCCCUCUGGAGCCAAACUCCAAGAAGUCCCCGAGGUCUGGCUCCCGGGGUGGGGGUGUGGUCCCAUACCUUGGCACCUUCCUGAAGGACCUCGUGAUGCUGGAUGCAGCCUCCAAGGAUGAGCUGGAGAAUGGCUACAUCAAUUUUGACAAGCGGAGGAAGGAGUUUGCUGUCCUUUCCGAGCUGCGGCAGCUCCAGAACAAAUGUCGUGGCUAUGAUCUCCAACCUGACCCUGAUAUCCAGCAGUGGCUGCAGGGGCUCUGGCCACUGACAGAAGCCCAGAGCCACCGCGUGUCCUGUGAGGUGGAGCCACCUGGUACCAGUGACCCUCCUGUCCCACGGGUGCUUCGGCCGACACUGGUCAUCUCACAGUGGACAGAGGUCCUGGGCUCUGUUGGGGGCCCCACCCCCCUCGCAUCCUGGGACCGGCCCAGUAUGGGAGGAGACGAGGUGCCUGGAACCCCUACUCCUCUGCUGACCCGGCUGGCCCAGCACAUGAAGUGGCCAUCUGUCUCAUCUCUGGACUCCGCCCUGGAAAAUACACCCUCCCUGCACAGUCCAGCUGACCCCAGCCACCUCUCUCCCCCAACCUCCUCCCCUCGGCCUUCUCGAGGUCACCGACGCUCUGCCUCCUGUGGCACCCCCCUCAGUGGGGGAGCAGAAGGGACCUCCAGUGGGACUGGAUACGGGGGAGGGGGGCCCGGGCCAGGGCCCUCUGACUGCCGGAUCAUCCGUGUCCAGAUGGAACUGGGGGAAGAUGGCAGUGUCUACAAGAGCAUCUUGGUGACCAGUCAGGACAAGGCUCCAACUGUCAUCAGUCGUGUCCUUAAGAAAAACAAUCGCGAUUCUGCAGUGGCUUCAACAUAUGAGCUAGUGCAGCUGCUACCAGGAGAGCGAGAGCUGACCAUCCCACCCUCGGCUAAUGUCUUCUAUGCUAUGGAUGGAGCGUCACAUGAUUUCCUCCUGCGGCAGCGGCGAAGGCCCUCUGCUGCCACAGUGGGCCUCGCCAGCGGCCCCUCUGCCUCAGGAACACCCCCGAGUGAGGGGGGAGGGGGCUCCUUUCCCAGGAUCAAGGCCACAGGGAGGAAGAUUGCCCGGGCGCUGUUCUGAAGAGGAAGCCCUGUUGGUUCACAGAAGUCAUGGUGGCCAUACCAGAUGUGGAUAGCCUCCUGAAUGGUGGCAGUCACGUUGCAUUGGGACAGAAAUCCGGAAAGGUGGCCAGCCACCUGGGAGCAGUGAAGUGCCACUGGU